UCCACGUGUUAAGAGGGUCGACAGUUCUAUUUGUUUGAAUCGCAUAAAGGGUGAACCGCUUUGAGGUGUAACCCACCUGGUCUGUUAGUAGUACGUUAGUUAUUAAGUGCAGGCGGCAUAGGGGCAGAUUGAUAAGCAAAUACAACCUGUGAAAUAUUAGUACCAGGCCAUAACGUUAGAUCCACUCACACCAGGAAGGACCCCUACUUUUUUGCUCGAGUUGACUUCAAGAUGGCGGACGCAGCUACUAAAGCCGAGCAACAUGUGCUGGUCAAAAGUGUGGACAUGCCUGAUGACGCAAUUAAGAUCGAAGGAUAUGACUUCAACAAAGGCGUGAACCUUGAUGGAGUGGUCAAGCACUACCUGACCACAGGCUUCCAGGCCAGCAACUUUGGACUGGCUAUCGAGCAGAUCAACCAAAUGAGAGAGCACAGGUCCAAGCCCGCCGUCCUCAGCCCGGAGGAGGAGAAGUAUGACGCCAUCUACCGGCCGAGAUCAGACUGCACCAUCUUCCUGGGGUACACCUCCAACCUGGUGUCGUCUGGCGUGAGGGACACCAUCAGGUUCCUGGCUCAACACAGGAUGAUCGACUGCAUCGUGACGUCAGCAGGAGGGAUUGAGGAAGACUUCAUCAAGUGUCUCGCCCCGACGUAUCUUGGAGACUUCAACUUGAAGGGGAGGGACCUUCGACCUAAGGGCCUGAACAGGACGGGAAACCUCCUGGUGCCGAACGACAACUACUGUCUGUUCGAGGACUGGAUUAUGCCCAUUCUGGACCAGAUGCUGGAGGAACAGAAAGAGCAGGGGAUUCUGUGGACACCAUCGAAACUGAUCGCCCGGCUUGGAAAAGAAAUAGACAACCCAGAGUCUAUAUACUACUGGUGCUACAAGAACGAGAUCCCAGUGUUCAGUCCCGCCAUCACGGACGGUUCUAUCGGGGACAUGCUGUUCAUGCACGCCUACAGAAACCCAGGGCUGGUCCUGGACAUCGUGCAGGAUAUAAAGAAUAUGGACAGCAUAGCUGCUCACAGUAAGCACAGCGGCAUGAUCAUACUGGGAGGCGGUUUGGUCAAGCACCACAUCCACAACGCCAAUCAGAUGAAAGGCGGUGCGGAGUACGGAGUGUUCAUUAACACUGCUCAGGAGUUUGACGGGUCGGACGGGGGAGCCCGACCUGACGAGGCCGUGUCGUGGGGCAAGAUCAAGGACACCGCCAGGCCUGUUAAGAUUUUCGCUGAUGCUACCCUUGUGUUCCCCCUGCUCGUGUCACAAACCUUUGCUAAGGACAUGACGCCCCUCCCUAACGGCACCAGCGAUUAAACUGAGACGACAAUGGAAUAAACAUUAUACGCUUUGCACUUUCGUGAUGCUUACGAGUUGAAAGUCAACAUAGAUGUCAGCAUGAAAGUUCAUCUGUGUUGAUAUACUUCGUUAUGACCAAAAGGGCUAAACUUUUUAGCCAACACUAAGUAAUUUGGGUAAGUCCUAAUUUACUUAGUGUUGGCUGGAAAGUUUAGCCCUUUUAGUCACAGUCAACAUAGAUGGUUGGGCAAGUUUGCAAAAGCUUUGAUGGAAAAGAUGCUGUUAAGUAAAAUAAAAACCAGUGCAAUUCAUGGUCAAUAAUAUAAAUAUGAUAAUAAAUACUUUUAAUGUACCUUUAACUUUUUUGCUAGCUUGGCGAAUGAUAAGGAAGUUUAAAAACAUGCAUAUUAAUCUUCAGGACUCUAUGCAAAUAAUUUUGUUGGAUCCCGUAAUCUUUGCUAGUAAUUGCACAGGUUGUGAUUGAAGAGCACAGAAGCAGGUACCCGUAUAAUCAACGACACUAUCAUGUAAAUGAAAUGAUAUAAAUCAAAGAUACUGGAUGAUAUGCUAUAUUUGACUUGAUAUAUCUUCAUUAUGUUUGAGUGUAUGAAGAUAAUGCUGAGUGAGAGCUGAUAUAGAUUGAAUAGAUUUCACAUGCAAAUAAUUUUUUUAUUUUAAAAUCUUUUGGUUCUAGUACUGAUUGUGAUUGACAAACAGCAUUAAGUAGAAACAGGUAGAGUCAACGGCAAUAUUGUCUGAAAUAUUGAAUACAGUAAUAAUCCAUCAAAGCUGCUUGAUUGUAUGCUAUAAAUGACUUGAUAUAUUAUAAUUUCAGUGCAAUAAACUUCGAAAGGU